CGCGUGUCCAUGACAGCUGCAUUGCAAUACAUGCAUAUAUAUAUACUACAUACGUAUAUGUGUGGCGUGUCGUGUGUGUCGUGCCGCAUGUGAUGUCAAUGAGAAUUAUGUACGUAAAUGAGUACGUAAACAAAUAAUCUCUUGAAAUUUUUUAAAUUAUGAAAAGGUGAUAACUCUUAUAUUAAAUGGUAGACGAUGUGAAAAAUAGAUUAGAGAAAAUUAAAAUAUAACCUUUAAUUGCCGUUGUUUAUUACAUAGUGCUUAACAACGGAUAUAAACAAUAUAACGCAAUGUCACGGGAAAUAUUAACUAUACAAAUUGGUCAUUAUUCCAAUUUUGUUGGAACUCAUUUUUGGAAUUUACAGGAAACUAAUUUUUCUUAUGAUGCUGACCGUCCAUCUGAAAUAAAUAAUGAUGUUCUGUAUAGAGAGGGGGAGAAUUUACAGAAACAAGUGACCUAUACUCCCAGGCUGUUACUCGUAGACUUAAAAGGAACAUUAGGAUAUUUGAAAGAGGAAGGUACCUUGUAUCAUGCCGAACAGGAUGAAGAAACAAAAUUAUUAUGGGAUAAUGAUAAGGUUGAAGUCACUAAAGAAGAGGCUGCCGUUAAAACUUCAUUCGUUAAAAGUCUAGAUGAAUCUGCAAGAUCUUCAGAAUCGACAACUGUUACCAUAGACAACAAUGUUAAUACAUGGGUAGAUUAUUUAUUGCCAAGAUUCCAUCCUAGAACUGUGAGCACGAUCAAACAGUAUAAGCAUAAUUGUGCAGAGCAGCCAUUUGAUAUUUAUAUGUAUGGAAAAAAUUUAUGGCAUACUGAACAAUUCUCGGAAGAUUUCAUAGAAAAAAUAAGAACAUACGUAGAAGAGUGUGACCAUAUGCAAGGUUUUCAAGUUAUUCUAGAUUCUGUGGACAGCUUCGGUGGACUCGGAGCGUCGUGUAUAGAACAUUUACGAGAUGAAUACGGGAAGAGUAUACUAGCGUUUCCAUGUAUUGACAGUAAAAAGUCCGAACCUUCAAAGUUUGAUUUAAUCAAGGCUCUGAACACCGCGCUGUGCUGGCAACAUAUUGGAGAAUUUUCUUCGUUAUACAGUCCACUUUGUUGUAGUCAAACUGUUUGGCCUCGCGCAGGAGAACCGCGAGCGUUCAAUCAUUUAUCGUAUAAUUCAGAGCUGAAUAUUCAUAGCAGCGCGCUACUAGCGACGGCAUUGGAUGUAGCGACUAUAAGAUACAGACGCAAAGAGUAUCCAAACGUUGUACUGACAGACUUAUGCGCGGAUCUUAAUAAGAUGGGUCGUAAAGCAGCAGCGACAAGUCUGACCUUGCCAUUCCCAAUGGCAGCGAAAAUGGAUUUGAUCGACGUGUUGGACGACUUGACGGGACCAUUGUGGACAAGCCUGACACCGAAUUGUGAAAUAGAAAUGGAUAAAACUAUGCGAAGUAUCGCGUUACGUGGCGUUCCAGAAGAAAGAUUGAAACGACCCAUGGCGAAGGCGAUGAAACAAAUGUCGAAACCAGCCUAUAGAUGUUCUUCCGUGCACGAGAUGAUGAUGCUGUAUUUAGCUUCCACUUCGCACGCAUCGGCCACUUAUCUUACCACCAUUUCUUCGCCACUGAUUGUCAAAGAUCCGUAUCCAAGAUUCUUUAAUAAUAAUAUUACCGAGACAGGCGAUAUUAUGGGAUGGCCGCUGGGAAAUGAUGUUAAAUCUGUUUCCGUUAUGGCCGGCUUGCACAGUGGAAGUAGCCUUCGGACAAUGUACGAAUCCUUGCACAGUCAAGUGAGCAGGAUAAGAAGUAUAAGACAAUUUCACGCGUUCACAGAUUCUGGCCUAGAAGAAGAUGAAUUUCGAGAGUGCCUCAACCAUCUGCUCGACUGUAAAGAAAAUUACGAAGACCACUAUAUUUAAUUGACAAUUAAGUUAAUCGCCGGGAAUUGCACAAAUCCGUACAAUAUAUCUUUUUUCCACGAA